AUGCCGCCUCGAAAGAAGCCCUUCAGCGGGAAGGCCAAGAAGCAGCAACUGCGUGACGCUCGGACCCGGAAGCGCGACGCACGUGACUCCGAUGAAGAUGCAAAGGAACUGACCCAAGAAGAAACCGCAGCAGCAGCAGCUGUUUCUCCGGCGCCACCGGUUAUUUGUGGACGAGGUGAUCUCCGCACGGUCUUCCAGAAGGAGCCCCAGGCUGCUGUGGAUGCUCGAAAACAAGACGCGACGCGGGAACUCGUGUAUGCAGAUGAUCGGGGCAAUUCCCAGUCAAUUUACAAGUACGGGAUCCAGGAUCCAGCCAACCAGCCGCACAUCUUGACCAAGCCCGAGUGGUCCCGGGACAUGACUCCAGAAGAGCUGAAUGAGGUGGAUCGUCGAGCUUUUACAGAGUGGGUGGAGUACCUGGAGAAGGAGACGAUGAGCCGUGGUGAGGAGACGCAGAUCAACUUGUACGAGAGGAACUUGGAGGUCUGGCGGCAGCUCUGGAGAGUGGUCGAACGGUCCUCGAUUCUCGUUCAUCUCGCCGACGCUCGCUGUCCGUUGUUGCACAUCAGUGACCAAUUGAUGACGCACAUUCGCACGAAGUUCCCGUGGAAGCGCGUGGUGCUGGUACUCACAAAGACGGACUUGGUUGCAGCUGAGCGUGUCGAGAUGUGGUCAAGGUACCUACAAGCACGGUAUGGACAAGAUAUCCCCGUGUUGGCUUAUUGUCGCGACACAAUGGAAGAGAGCAAUUCUGCCCUUAUGCGAGCCAUCGGUCAAGUGAGCGCUGGUGUUGAGCUUCAUAUCGGUACGGAAGACUUCAAUGAAGAUAGGGACAAAGACACGCUCACGAUUGGAUUCGUGGGGGAGCCCAACGUUGGCAAGAGCUCUCUACUCAACAGCCUGUUUGAACGUAAGCUCGUCAGCGUGUCGGCCACCCCUGGUCAUACCAAGUACUUGCAGACGCACUACUUUGACCGUGUGGAGAUGCUCGAGCGCGGUGAUGAUGCAUUUUCCCGCAUCCUCAUGUUUGAUUGUCCCGGCGUGGUCUUCCCCCGCUUCAACGUGCCGGUUCUGCUGCAGGUUUUGUUCGGCAGCUUCCCUAUCGCCCAGACGCGUGAGCCUUUCAGUGCUAUGCGCUUUAUCGCCGAGAACUGUGCGCUGCACCUUCAUGAAGUGUACAAGUUGAAACCCGUGGAGAAGGACGACGACGAGGAGUGGAGUCCUUACUCGUUGUGUGAGUCUUACGCGCAACUUCGCAGCUUCCGCAUGAAAGGCGGCAAACUGGACGUGCACCGCGCUGCGAAUUUUUUGCUACGGGAUACACUCAACGGCAAGAAGGUGGUUCUCUCGUUCCCGCCGCCGGCAGAUACCGAACUUGUCCCAGUGAGCUGUUGA